CCUUGAUCCGCAAUCCGCCUUUUCCAAACCACCCGUACGCGGCGUCCCUGCAAACGCCCAGCUUUGUCAGUGAUUUGAGUGGCGAGUCGGACAGGAACAAAGGCGAGAGCCGGAGUAUUCUGCAGGAACACCGGGGCCAAAAAAAUGGUGGUGCUUUCCAAAGAGUAUGGGUUUGUGGUGCUGACUGGCACUGCCAGCUUUGCCAUGGUCACUUACCUUGCCCUCAAAGUUUCAGCAGCGCGCAAAAAGUACCAAGUGGAGUACCCUGUAAUGUACAGUGAUGAUCCAGAAAAUGGACAUUUGUUCAACUGUAUCCAACGAGCUCACCAGAACACACUAGAAGCAUAUCCGGCAUUCCUGUUCUUUCUGGCAGUUGGCGGAAUACAUUAUCCACGACUGGCGAGUACACUUGGAGGAAUUUGGAUAAUUGGAAGACUUGUUUAUGCACAUGGUUAUUCCACUGGAGAUCCUAGUAAGAGAAGAUAUGGUGACUUUGGUUCAAUAGCACUGCUGGGCCUCAUGGGGACUGCAGUGUCAUUUGGAUUUCAGCAACUGGGAUGGCAAAGAUCUUGCUAUGGGAGACCUAUGAAAGUCAAUUUAUAACCGUGAUGAGUGUAUACUCUAUUAGCAAAAUCGCUUGGCAGUAACUUUAUCUCUAAUAGCAAUCAGUUGCUUCUGACGUUUGUAUAGUGAACUUUUUUUUUAUAAAAUGAGAAUAAAGUUCUUGCAUGUGGUAA